CAGAACCAGGAAAAUGGCCGGGAAGAAGUCCUCCCUCGUGGCCGCGAUGGCGAUCCUGGCCUCCUUCCUCGAGUCCGCCCAUUGCGUCCUCGUGGCCCACUACUACCUCCUCACCGUCGUCGCCCUCGACACCUCCGCCUAUGGAACCAUUCGAAGCUGCACCAUCGACGAGGAUAGAACACUGGCAGCAAGAAAUUCGCAUUUGGGCGCCCUGACGGCUCGAGGAUUCGCGACGGUCGCCGUGGACUUCUUCACGCUUCUGCAGGAUAUCGACGCUUGCAGUCGAGCCACCCCCGGGGAAGUCGACUGGGUGAAAGACAGGACCAGCUUAUUCAGGGGAAUCGAGCCAGGGACUCGUUGGUGUGGAGCUGGGACCACCGCAAACUACUUCGACCAGCUCGGGACAGACACCGCGGUCGAUCGCUGCUGUCGAGCUCACGAUUUCUGCCCCAUUUACGUCGAAAAGGGAACGGCCGCGUUCGGCGUCUACAACUCCAACGGCUUUACCAUAUCUCACUGCGACUGCGACAGGAAACUGCGGGAAUGCCUGAGGAGAGUGGGGUCUCCGAAGGCGUUUCAAACGACGAAGAAGCUCUUCGAGAUCCUCCAGGCGCCGUGCGUGGAGUUCAGGAGAGGAUCGGACAGCACUGGAGGAUGCGACUUGGAGGACUACGGGUGUCAGGCGGCUCGCAUUGCUCUCAUUCGAUGCGACGCGCCGUAUUCCAAUUCCCAGUGCUUCUGGCGGGGCGUUGUGGGUGACUUUGAUGAGAAUCCAAAUUAUCCUGAACAGAAGGUGGUGACUGUGGGUCAAUUUCGUAUAGGCCUGGUCCAUGGCCACCAAGUCAUUCCUUGGGGAGAUGUAGAGGCCCUUGCAAUGCUUCAGUGGCAACUAGAUGUUGACAUAAUCAUCUCAGGCCACACCCACAAAUUUGAGGCUUAUGAACACGAGAACAAGUUCUUCAUCAAUCCAGGAUCUGCCACAGGGGCAUACAAUGCUUUGGAGAGGAAGGUGAUCCCAUCCUUUGUCUUGAUGGACAUCCAGAGUUCUACUGUGGUGACCUAUGUGUACCAGCUCAUUGAUGAUGAAGUCAAAGUUGAGAGGAUUGAAUACAAAAAAUCAUAAUUUAAACCAAAGAUGUGAUUUCCAUCACUGAGACUUAUCGCUAUAACCUUAAGGGGAUCAAUAUGAAAAUAAAUAUCCCACGAGGUUUCACUUUAUUAUGAACUCAAGGCAAGCAAGUUUAUGAGUUUUUGUGCCCAUUUUUUGAAGAUGUGAGAAGGUUUUAUAUGAAAAUGGGAAGAUUGUUACAGAUGGUGACUUGAAGCAGUGUUGUCAGUGUUAGCCCAAUGCAGUUUUUCUGGCUGAGUCCUUGCCCAGCUUGAAGCCAUAUGUGUUUUCCAUAUUGAUUGUGAAAUCAUUUUCUCAAUGAUAUCCCAUUCCAGUUCAAUUGUUUCCUUAUCAGAUCAUGGUACUUCAUGCUAUUAUGCAAUUAUAUCUUCAUUGAAC